AUGCAAAAUAAUGAAAAUGUGGAUGAAUGGAUUAAUUGGAUUGAAGAAGCUAUCAGGUUAGCGUUAAAAUCUUUUUAUUGUCUUAAUAAAAUUACUUUGAAAGAAAUUGUUCAUGAGCUUAAACUUCAACGAGAUGUAGAUUUUCAUGAUAACAUUAUUCGCUUUUACGGAAUUACAAAACAUGAGUCAGAUAAUAUAUUUAAUCCAACAAAAGAUUAUUUGUUAGUAAUGGAAUAUGCAGCCAGUGGUACCCUUCGUGACUAUUUGAAGAAUAACUUCCAUAGACUUACCUGGAAUAAUAAAUAUAGUUUGGCAUACCAAUUAGCUUGUUCUAUAUUAUGCCUGCAUGAUGAAGGGAUUGUUCACCGGGACUUGCAUUCUUGUAAUGUGUUAGUUCAUCAAAAUUCCAUUAAGUUGGCAGACUUUGGAUUAUCAAAAAGGGUUGAUGAAACAUCUAAUUCACAAUCAAGAGAACUUGGUAAGGUUCCUUAUACCGAUCCGAAAGUAAUAACGGAUAAUUUAAAACUAAAUGAGAAGAGUGAUGUAUAUAGUAUUGGCGUAUUGUUAUGGGAAAUAUCAAGUGGGAAACCACCAUUUCAUGAAGAAAAUUAUGAUCUUAGUUUAUUGUAUAAAAUUUCACAAGGUCGAAGAGAAGAAAUUAUUUCCGAUACUCCUAAUGAUUAUUCUGAUCUUUAUACUGAAUGUUGGAAUGGUGAACAAAGUAAACGACCAUCAAUACAUGAAGUUGUUAAUAGAUUAAGAAUAUCUCUAAAUUCAAGUAGCACAACAAUUUAUCAACAAAAUAUGUUUAAUCAAAUUAUUCCUAGUACAUCAAAUGAAAGUUUAAUUCCAACUAGUAUAAAAAAUCCAUUGCAUGGAGAAUCAUCUCAGAUGAUUCAGAAUUUAAGCAUAAUAGUUAUAAUAGUUGAUGAAAUAGUUGAUCUUAUUUUUAGGGAGGUUAAUAGAAAAGAUGAGUCAAAACAGCAUGUUCUUGAUUAUCUUAAUAAUCAUAAUAUAAAUUCAAAAGAAAUCUAUAAUCGGCUAUCAUUUAACCAAACCAAUUCAAAUUCCAUUUUUUUACUUGGAUAUUUUAAUUAUUAUGGAAUUGGAACACCCAAUGAUAAUAGGAGAGCAUUUAACUUGUUUUUUAAUGCAUCGAUACAGGAUCAUAUAUUAGCACAAUAUUAUGUUGGAAAUUGUUAUGAAUUUGGAUAUGGAAUGAUUACAAAGAAUGAAAAACUAGCAUUUGUAUAUUAUGAAAAAAUGGCUGAGUUAGAUUAUGCAAUGGGACAACAUAAAUUAGGUUAUUUUUAUCAUAUUGGGAAAUGUAUUGAAAAAAAUUUUAAAAAAGCUCCUAAUUGGUAUAAAAAAGCUGCAAAUAAUGGACAUUUGAUAGCUAUGAAUAAUCUUGGACUUUUAUAUAUAGGAGAAGGUAUUGAUGUAGAUAAUCAAAAAGCUUUUGAAUUAUUUAAAAAAUCAGCUGAAAGUGAACAUUCAAACGGAAUAACGAUGUUAGGAUAUUGUUACAAUAACGGAAUUGGGAUAAGUAUUAAUAAUAAAAAGGCAGUUGAAUUAUAUCAAAAAGCUGCAAAUUUAGGAAAUAAAACUGGACAAUAUAAUCUUGCUGUUAUGUAUGAGAAGGGAGAUGGAAUCGAAAAAGAUAUAGACAAAGCAAUUUAUUGGUAUGAACAAUCCGCUAAACAAGAACAUCAAGAUGCUCAAAAUAAAUUAAAAAUACUUAAAAAAAAUUAG